UCUCUAACAAAAACAUUAUGCCGCCAAACGAGCCCUAAUGAACCAAAAUCGAAGAAGUUUCCUCUCAUCAUCUGUGUGUGCAAACAAAAAGGGAAGAAGAAGAAGAAGUAAUGUCGGACUAUCUACCCGAAGAAGUGUGGAUUGAUAACAUCCUCUCAGCACUCCCCAUCAAGACCCUCCUUCGAUGCACAAGUGUCUGCAAAUCAUGGUACUCUCUCAUCACUAGCCCUAGUUUCAUUUCCACACACCUCAAUCGAAACAAACAACAAGACCCACCAUUAUUACUGCUUAGACAUUGCUCUGAGCGUCCUAGGAAAGAGCAUUUCUCAAUACACCAUGACAAUCCCACACUCGAUGACUAUGCUGAGCUUGAUUUUCCAUUUCAUAGCGUAAAUUCGUAUUUCAGGAUUGUGGGUAGUUGCAAUGGUGUGGUUUGCUUGUCUGAUGAUCACAUGUGCUAUGUACACACCAUCAUUUUAUGGAACCCAUCAAUUAGAAAAUUUUUUAACCUCCCAAGACCCAGUGUUGUUUUUCAAACCCAUGGCCCUUUUAUGCAUUCAAUUGGGUUUGGGUUUGAUUCAAUCAGUCAUGAAUGUAAAGUGGCUAGGGUUACCUAUGUCGAAGAUGGUGAUGGUUUUGACAUUGUUCCACCCGAGGUUGAGCUUUACUCGGUCAGCAGGGGAUGUUGGCAAAGCAUUAGUUAUUGUGGUCUUCAAAGCAUUAUUCCCGAGCGAUCACCACAGGUUUAUAUCAAUGGGGCUGUACAUUGGAUUGCAUAUGAUCGGAAAACAAAUGGAAGUUUUCACUGCAGUUUGAUUGUGACUUUCAAUAUGUGUGAUGAGCUGUUCCGGCAGGUUUUUCUACCAGAUAGCUUGGCUGCCCAGCGCUGGACAAACCUGAAGAUCAACGUAUUUGGGGAAUCACUUUGUGUGAUGCAUCAUGUUUGCUCUAGUGCUAACAAAGGAUAUGACAUGUGGGUGAUGGAAAAGUAUGGUGUAGUUGAGUCGUGGACUAAACUAUUUGCUAUCAUCGAUUAUCAGGAAAGUUUGGGGCCGGUUAUUGGGUUUAGGAAGAACAGUGAAGUCUUUUUGGUAAGUAGUGGAAAUUUGGUGUCUUAUGACCCUGAAACAAAAGAAAAGAAGAAUCAUGGGAUCCAUGGUAUUGGCUACUUGUUUUAUGUGGAUACUUAUGUUGAGAGCCUGGUCUUAGUCAGGGGGUCGAACGGACUCUCAGGGAGGCAUGAAUUUGUUAAGGAAACCGAACAAAAAAGAACAGCAACAAAGAACAGGAAGAACAGGCAACGUACAUUUUUAAUGGGAACAAAAGGGUUGUGGCUACAACGGAAGCUCAAGCUCAAGACUAGGAAGCCGGGAAAGGCGGGAAUGGGAAAAUGUUAGAAGUGGAGGCAUUGAGAACUGUGCAUCCAUGGAGGGGAUCGUGAACUAGAGGAGAAUGGAGUGAAGUCGUCUUCAGCAUGAAUGGAGAUCGGUUUAGACUGGUUCCUAAACCUCUGGGAUGACAAUGAAACAAAGAAUGGAGGGGGACAUUGUGUGUGUUUUUGAAGUGGAUGUGUAGAAUAUGGAUGAGUAAAGAUUGUGGAUGGGGUGUGUGAGUGAGUAAGGGUAAAGAUGGAAGAUUGUGGAUAGAGUGUGUGAAUAAGGGUAAAGAUGGAAGAUUGCAGUGUGUAUUGGGCAAAUUUCUUAUUUAUCAAAUUACUAAAGGUGUGCAUUGAGUAGUGGUAUGCCUUGAGAUGAAAGGUGGUGUGUAAAUAGAGGCACCCAAAAAUACAUU